CGAAAUGAAGCUUGUGUCAGCUCUCAGGCAGAAAGUCUCCUGCUUUUGGGUUAGGGUUAGGGUUAGAGUGACCUGCAGGCUUUAUAAAAAGAGGAGCAGUUUUAACAGCAUCUCUGUCAUUUCAUUGUUGGUUCAUCUGUUCCAGCUCGUGUAGCGGAGGGAAUUACAAAGUGCACAAUAAUCUACACAAGGCCAGUCUAACCACAUAGAUUUUAUUUUGAGAAAAACAAAAUGUUAAAUCAAACUAACGGCCAUCAAUUAACUUACUACAUGGAUAUCACACACUGAACAAAAAAAGAGAGAAAUAUUUUCAGAAAUAAAUUAAUAAACAAAUGCCAAAUGUAGUUUUAGCUGCUUUUGCCAAAACCGGCCAGUAGCGGGCAACAGCGAGCCAGUCGCUGCGCGUGACGUCACGGAACGGCAGCUGGGCGCAGUCUGCGCAGCUCGCACAAAGGAGCAGAUAAACCCAAUGCAGGGCAGGGUGCAGCACCAGGAACCACUGGCAAACAAAACAGCAACAAGAAACAAACGCAGGCUGAGGAGAGAGACAGAGAGAGAGAGAGAGCAUUUCCAUCGCAAUAUAACACGGUGGGGUUCUGCUUCGGACAACUUUCUGAAUCUAUGUUUGGACGUGUGGCAACACAGACACGUGACCGAGGCAAACGACAGAGUCUGCAGAAUAAUACUUUAUCUUUGUUUUUGCUUACAGUCUCAACUAUGUUUAAAACUCCGGAAACCGCAGGAUUGUGUCCACUUUAAUCGGUUGCUGUUGAUUUAGAAAGCGGUAUACGCGUUAAUGUGCACACGAGAACCUCGGAAACAAUAAGGCCUAUCUAACAAAAAAAAAAAUAAUAAUAAUACCUUUGGAAUUCCACAAAAUGACCGAUAACAGCAAAGUGACCAGCUGGACAGACGAGGAAACGCGCCUUCUGGUCGCACUGUGGAGCCAGGCACAGGCGCAGCGGACUGAUGCGAGCUACCCGGGCAAAAAAACGCACAUGUUCCGCGAGAUCGCUGCCAAAAUGUUGGAAAACAGUUUUCAAAGAAGCGAGAAUCAGUGCCGGAGUCGAAUCCAUGUCCUGAAACGCAAGUAUCUGCAGUGCCGAGUGAGCAGAAGCAGCGGGAAGGGCAGCCCCGAGUGCUUGUACUAUAAGGAGCUCGAUGCUGUUUUUGCGAGCUGCCCGGUGGCGCCUCCACAGCAGCCGCAGCUGCUUGUUACUCCGCCACGGUUAGGCAGCGCUGUGCUGCAGGAGAUUGAAAUUACCUCCGACUCCAAAACUGACGCAGCGAAGCCAGGACAGAGCGAGUUCAGUAUCCGUCCUGUUUGUCAGGAGUUCCAGGCGUCCGGGUACAAGAUCUCCUGCGAGAAACUGAAAAAGAAGUGGAACAAUCUGCUGGUCACCUACAAGCGUGCGAAGGAGCGAUGCAAAGAAAACGGAAAAGCCAAGAUUGCAUGGGAAUACUAUGAGCUGAUGGACAGCAUACUAACAGAGAGGCCCCCCCCUUCACCAGCAGUACAAAAUGGAGUAUCUGUUCAAGAGGUUUCAGAGGACACGUCUGCAAGGGGGACAGCACAGCCCUCCUCACAAGAACAAGACACACCUGCACACGGAGUCGGUGAUGAGGUUUUAAAGCAUGAGGGUAAAGACACAUCAGUGAUGGUCCAGCCAGCAUCGCAAGCAGAAUCUGCAAACCCCAAAGGAGCCCCGCUGGUGGCUAGUGAUAAAAUCAUCCUCUUUCAACAGAUUCAUCAAGAGGAAGCGGCCGCCGAGUUCAACACACAGACCACACUCCUGCUCAUACAGUGUGUGUCCCGGCACUGGGAUCUGUACAGUGCUACUAACCGCAGCCAGCUGUUCCACACCAUCAGCAAGGAGUUCCAGCUCUACGGGUUCAAGCUGUCCAGCGAGAAACUGAGAAGGAAGUGGAAUAACUUGAUCGUCACAUACAAGCGAGCGAAAGAGAGGAGCGGGAUCGCAGGCAAGCCCAAUACGACAUGGGAAUACUUCCAGUUGAUGGACAACCUGUUCAGUAAGAAAGGGACCCCUCCCCUUUGCCUGCCCCCUCCAGCCCUUCUAUCAGCAGCUGCUCCCGUCAGCAAAACCUGCCUGUUCCCAGCUCCCCUAAAACUAGCGGCUGCUGCUCCCCCUCCAGACCCCCCACAGCCUGCACUGUCUCUCCCGUCCUCUUCGGUCAUUCUGCUUCCCCUUUCCACUCCCAGCUCCUUUUCCCUUCCACAUCACUGGACGAGUGUUCAAACCCCCUGGCCGCCCCAAAGCACAGUGCAGACCCCGUCUCCCUCUCUCGGCUCCGCAGUCCCGGCCGUAUCCAGUACAGAGCAAUCGCCACCAAAUAAGAGGGUGAAAAAAGCCGGCGUGAAUCUGGCCACUGCUUUCCUGACGCAGCAGACGGAGCAGGUGAAAAAGCACUCCAAAAUGCUGGAAAGCUUACUCGACACGCAUGAAAACAAAACGAAGGUUUCUGAACAGAGGAAGAGGAGGUGUGAGCAAAGGGAGAAGAGGAGAGAACGGAGGGAGAUUGCGAUGUUGAGAGCGCUGAAUCGCAUCUCCUCCAAGCAGGAUCUCGUCAUUCAACUUCUUCAGAAGCUUGCUGAGAAACCGUGAUGUUUGUGUUCUCCUCCCCAGGGGGAGCGGAUGCUGUUUGAAACCCUUUGCUGCAGCCAUGUCUUCAAGUGCUCCUCUCUCAUUAACCAUUUCAGAGGUGUUCUGGAUCCAGUACACGACCCAGAGCCCGUGCUGGGAGUCUCCCGGUUCUGUUUUACUGCAGGUGGCGCAUCAUUGGGUCAGAGAUGCAGUUGGGCUCACUGCGGACCGUCACCGCCCCCUGGAGCCAGACUUUGCCUCAGCAAUGUUUUGUUUUUGUUCAUAACACCAAUUUAUCCUUUAUGUGUUUGUAACCAACAAUUAAUAUUAUUGCC